GUAGCAUUCCAUUACCUCGAAUUGUCCCAGAUAUCGUUCGCCAAUUCCAACUCCAGUGAAAAUUGACCCGAGGCCUGCUGCGACGACUGAGCGCGAGAACCUUCUGCACCAAAGGCGAGGAAAAUUAGAGGGCACGCCCGCUAAACUCAAAAUGUCGCCAGCUCAAACGGCCGCCGACGAUGCAUUUGACUUCCUCUCCCAGGGAGGCAUCAUCCAGCACUUCAAGAUAGGGCAACGGAACAUCGUCCUCGGCUUUCCGAACGCGGAAUCCUACAACAGCGACGUCCACCCUUUCUUUGGCGAGAACAUCGGACGGGUGGCGAAUCGCAUCUCCAAUGCCAGAAUCGACAAUCUCAAUGGCCAGAGCUAUGAGCUGUACGCAAAUAAUGGACCGCAUACCGUGCAUGGCGGGCGGCAGGGUUGGGGUAAGAAGUUCUUCGAUGGCCCGCAUCAUGCGCAGCGGAACGGACGUCGCGCGGUCGCUUUCACGUAUCGGAGUUCACAUGGUGAGGAAGGGUUCCCGGGAACGGUAGAGUUUCGUUUGUGGUACUACCCGAGUGUGGAGCACGUGGACGGGAAAACGAAAACUACGUUGGAGAUCGAGUAUGAAGCGGAAUUGGUGGGCGAUGAGGUGGAGGAGACGGUGGUGAGCUUGACAAACCACAGCUACUUCAAUAUCACGGACGGUCCGACGAUCGAAGGCACGCGAGUCGUUCUCGAGACGAACCUGCAUCAAGUCACCGACGAGGCAAGCAUCCCCACCGGCAAGAUCGAAGCCUUCCCGGCCAUCGAAGCAGGUAAAGAAUUCAUCUUCGGAGCCCAAGAGCCCGACAUAGACCACUGCUUCAUCAUCGAACCGAGCGUCUCAUCCAUCCCGCUCGAUACCCGCGGGCAGCCGCUCCGCAGGCUCAUCACCCUCUCCCACCCAGCCACGAGGAUCCGCCUGGAGGCGUGGAGCACGGAGCCAGCCUUCCAAGUCUACGCCGGUCGAUACAUCGACGUUCCCGCGAUGGACGGGAUGCCUGCACGGGGCCAGCGCAGCGGGUUGUGUAUCGAGGCGAGCCGAUAUAUCAACGCGGUCAAUGUGCCGGAGUGGCGCCCUAUGGUGUCCUUGAGGAAAGGUCAUCUUUACGGCAGCCGUACGAUUUACUCGGCGUGGGAAGAGGCGGAGCUGUGAGGUGUGUUGGUCGUCCGUGGGCGGAAAAGGGCACAGCGCCGCG